AUGUUCAAUUUCCUAAAGGAUUUUUUAUUGGAUAGAUCAUUCCAAGUGAAAAUCAACAAUUAUCUAUCCCCCACCUUUAUUCAACAAAACGGUGUCCCUCAAGGGUCUACUAUAUCAGUUACUCUAUUUCUUAUCGCCAUCAACGAUAUUUGCGAGAAUAUUAAGUUUCCGGUUCAAUCUACACUUUUUGCAGACGAUUUAAAUAUCCUCUGCAGAGGAAAAAACCCAAAUUCCAUCCAAUCAGCCCUACAGGAUACACUUGACUCACUAUUAAAAUGGUCCACUAAAACCGGCUUCACUUUCUCCGCCACAAAAUCUCGCUGCACGCUCUUUACCAGGCUCAGAAAAUAUAACAAUUUAGAAGUAAAGUUAAACAACAUACCAAUACCAUAUACUAAAAUCAUUAAGAUCCUCGGAAUUACUUUCGACAAAAAGAAUACAUGGCAGGCCCACUUAAAAGAUAUCAGAAAAGCAACUCUAAUAAAAUUGAACAUCAUCAAAUCAUUAGCUCACACCUCGUGGGGAGCAAACGGAACCACUCUUAAACAAAUAUAUAAAUCUCUCAUUUUAUCUAAAUUAGAAUAUGGUGCUUUCAUCUACAUUGACGCUAAACAAUCUGCACUCAAAAUGAUAGAGACUAUUCAUAACUCAGGUCUAAGACUUGCCACAGGUGCAUUCCGUUCCAGCCCUAUCUCAAGCAUUCUCAAUAUUGCAAACACACUUCCUCUUGACCUAAGGAGAAUGCAAAACUCCACACUUCAAAAGGCUAGAAGAAUACAUAAUAACACUACCUCUAACUUAGAAAAUACAAUAAAGCUCAACAACUUCAAGUUCAAUUGUUCAGGAGUACUUAAACACGAGCAUGCUAUCACUCCUCCUUGGGUGAUGGAACUUCACUCUAAUACUGAUCUCUCUCAACACAUCAAAAGUGAGACUAUGGACUAUACUUUUAGAAAUCUGACACUUUCAUUACUUGAAGACUAUCAGGAUUACAUCAAGUUUUACACCGACGGUUCCAAAACUGAAGCAGGAGUUGGGGCAUCGGUAUACUUCAACAAUACACCAAAAAUGAUCAAAUUUCCUGACUUCUGUUCAAUCUACACAGCAGAAGCUUAUGCGAUUUAUCACGCACUUGAAACAAUUCAACAACUCAAAAUUGAUAAAGCGCUCAUAUUAAGUGACUCUCUUAGUACUAUCAACAGCAUAAGCAACAUAAACCAACCCAAUGCCAUAUCCAGAAUGAUUCAAAAUCAAAUUUCCCUCCUAAAUCACAACAAUCAAAACGUGUUACUGGUAUGGAUUCCUAGCCAUAUCGGAAUCCCUGGCAACGAAACAGCAGACACCUACGCUAAAAGAGCCAUAACCUCCCCCGAAGCCUCCUUAGUGCAAAUCUGCUCCCUGGGCGAUAUCAAGGGAGUAUUACAGUCCCUGACGCUGCAACAAUGGCAGCAUCGUUGGACAUCAUCACUCACGAAAUUAAAUGUUAUCAAACCUUCCAUCAACCCUUGGCCAACACUCACCACCAAGAGACGUCAUGAAGUCAUAGUCAACCGACUUAGAAUCGGCCAUACGUGGCUUACACAUAACUUCCUCAUGAGACAUGAAGAUCCAACCCAAUGCACAACCUGCGGGGAAAUCAUCACCGUCGAACACGUUCUUCUUCACUGCCGGAAAUACGCGGAUACCAAAACCUCUCUAAAUAUCCCGGACCACCUCUACGAAAUACUCGGACCCGACCUCAAAAACUUCAAUAACACCCUAAUGUUUUUACAGCAAACAAAACUGUACAACCUUAUUUAA